AGAACGUCAAGUGGAAAACGAUGGAAAGCUCGUCGCAUAUGUAAUCAAAGUAGGCUAUGUACGAGCUUUUUCCAUCUAUUCAAGACCGUGCGAGUCAUGUGAAAAAAUAAUGAAGUGAAUCGGCGACAGACACUAAUCAAAUCACGUGAUUAAAAGGAAUUGAAUUAUAUUUAACAAAAAAAAAAUAUUUAAAAAUUAUACAAUUUUGUAUCGCCAUCGAUGGACAGACUUAUUCUUCAUAAAAAUUUAAAACAUGUUUGAGAGAUUGUGAUGUUGAGACUGAGCAUGUUGUUGAGCUGCAUUUUCAUGACUAAUACCGCUUUAGAUGACAAACACUUGGCUUCCAACUUUUUCAUAGAGAAACGGGAAAUUUCCAACGAUUUUGAAAAAUACUCCGUCACUUGUUACAUCUGUGUCAACGUUUCGGACAAUCUCGUGUGCAAUCAGUUCGCCAUUGAUCGGCCCUGCAAACCCGGCGAGACUUUUUGCCACACUUUGCACAUAAUGGACUCGAAAGGCACAAGUGUGCUCGUCAACAAGAAGUGCACUACAGACAAAGAGUGUCAAAGGAAUAAAAUCGGAUGUGUCGAAAUCGAUUCGCAAAAGAUGUGUGUCUCGUGCUGCGACCAAAACUACUGCAAUGUGGACGUCCCCACGAACUCCUCCAAUGCCAUCUUCGAUGACAAAAUCACCAAAAUGCGAAUGUUGGCCAAGAAUUUGUUCCAAAGGGAGAAAGCCCUCACGACUACAAUCAAAGAGUCGAACUCGGCCAUGACUACUCGAAUUUUUCACUUUUUGUUAUUUUUGUGUAUUGUUAUUGCCAAUUAAAAGCGAUUUUAUUUGAAA